AUGGAGUUUGGACUUCGCCGCGGCUCCUCCCUCUCCCCAGUAACCCCAAUGUUCCAGAUAGUCCAUACCCGCCGGUCGAACAGCACCUCUAAACUUCCCUCAAUCCGGUAUCCCACCCUUUCCGUCCUGUCUGGUCAUGAAUCUAUUCCCACCUACCGCGAGUGGAAAUUUAAGGCUCUCGCCACACUGGACCUCUUCGACUCGCUCAAUCCAAACCUUCACCCUGAGCAAGCAUUCAAACUCAAAUUGAACUACCUCGCAAGCCACACGACACGUACUGCGUUCGCGCUGCUCUAUCGCGGCGGUGAGGCGAGUCUGCAGCCGAGACUGAGAGUUGAUUCUGUGGAGGGCGUCUUCAAAAUUCUGGACGGGCAUUUCAAGCCCGGCUUCAAUUGGAAGGAAUGGAUUUUGUGGACGAUUGCUAUGCUAAUCCUGUGGUACUCGUGGACGAGAGGCGUACCGGCUUUGGUUGGCGUGCUUGCGAGCUUGCUGUGGGGUGUUUUUAUGGAUAAGGUGGAAAGUCAGAGUGCACCGGUCAUUCCAGGUGUGAGAAGGUGGAGGCUCGGGCCUUUUCAUUUCAUCUAUGGUGGUGAUGUAGACUGGACCUACAACUGGUCGUUUAAUUUGUUCUGA